CGGCUGCAUGCUCAUUUUCCCGGCAGCGUAUAACGCCGAGAGCGGGUCGCUGAUCAAGGUGUUGGUAACGGCACCAGCAGUGAGCAUGCAGCUGCUGGUCUACUGUCUCGGAGCUCACAGCGUGCAGGAACAGGGUGAGCUGGUGUCCGUGGCUGCAUACAGUUGUGGCUGGCCAGAUACCGACAUCAGAUUCCAGAGAGCACUGCUGGUGGUCAUGGCGAGGGCACAGAAGCCUCUGAGUCUCACUGCUGGUGGGGUCUACCCCAUACAGAGGGCCACCUUCCUUUCGCUGCUGAACGCUGGCUACUCGUACUACGCUGUUCUUCAGAACUUCACUGGUCGCUGAAGGCGCGCCGGCCGACAUCUACCAGCAUCGCACACACCCUGCUUGUCCCGAGGAGGGCAGUCGCCAGUAACUGAUAACCUACCCCCAUUCGUAAGCACCAACGCGUUCCUGACAACACCAGUGGACGA